AUGAGGAUCAUGAUAAAGGGAGGGGUGUGGAAGAACACGGAGGAUGAGAUCUUGAAAGCGGCGGUGAUGAAGUACGGCAAGAACCAGUGGUCGCGCAUCUCGUCGCUGCUCGUGCGCAAGUCCGCGAAGCAGUGCAAGGCGCGGUGGUACGAGUGGCUGGAUCCGAGCAUUAAGAAGACGGAGUGGACGCGCGAGGAGGACGAGAAGCUGCUGCACCUGGCGAAGCUCAUGCCCACGCAAUGGCGCACCAUCGCGCCCAUCGUCGGCCGCACGCCCGCGCAGUGCCUCGAGCGCUACGAGAAGCUCCUCGACGCCGCCUGCUCGCGCGACGACUCCGCCGCCGCCGGCUACGACGCGUCCGACGACCCGCGCCGCCUGCGCCCCGGCGAAAUCGACCCGAACCCCGAGGCGAAGCCGGCUCGGCCUGACCCCGUUGAUAUGGACGAAGAUGAGAAGGAGAUGCUUUCGGAGGCGCGCGCGCGCCUGGCGAACACGCGCGGAAAGAAGGCGAAGCGCAAGGCGCGGGAGAAGCAGCUGGAGGAGGCGCGGCGGCUGGCGUCGCUGCAGAAGCGGCGCGAGCUGAAGGCGGCGGGGCUGGAGGCGAAUUACCGGCGGCGGAAGAACAAGGGGAUCGACUAUAACGCGGAAAUUCCGUUCGAGAAGAAGCCGCCGCCCGGGUUCUUCGACACGAGCGGCGAGGAGGCGAACUCCGUGCAGCCGAUGCGGUUCCCCGUGACGCAGGAGGAGCUGGAGGGCAAGCGGCGUGCGGACGUAGAAGCAGCGGCGCGCAAGCACGACGCGGCGGCGAACAAGAUGCGGCUGCGCCACGACGCGCCCGCCAGCGUGCUGCAGGUGAACCAGCUCAACGAUCCGGCGGCGGUGCGCAAGCGCUCCAAGCUCUCGCUGCCCGCGCCGCAGAUCUCGGACCAGGAGCUGGCGGCGAUCGCCAAGAUGACGCACGCCGCCGACGCGCUCGCCGCCAGCGAGGACGGCGACCCCGCGACGCGCGCGCUGCUCGCCAGCUACGGCCAGACGCCCGCGCACGCCGCCGCCGCCGCCGCGCUCACGCCGCUGCGCACGCCGCAGCGCACGCCCGGGGGCAAGGGCGACGCGAUCAUGAUGGAGGCGGAGAACCUGGCGCGGCUGAGAGACACUCAGACGCCGCUGUUCGGCGGACAGAACCCUGACCUGCACCCCUCGGACUUCUCAGGUAUCACUCCGCGGAAGAAGGAGGCGCACACGCCCAACCCGCUCGCCACGCCCUUCCGCACGCCCGGAACGGCCGUGGGGAUGACCCCGGGCGGGCUGGCGCUGGCGGGGGCGGGCGCGCCGGGGAGCGUCCGCGGGGCGUCGGUAGGCGGAACGCCCGGGAAGGACUCGGUGUUUGGCGCGACGCCGUCGGAGGGGAUGGUGACGCCGGGCGGGGAGAGCGUGCGCGCGGAGAAGCUGCGGCUGGCGGAGGUGCGCGAGAGCUUGCGCCAGGGGCUGGGGUCGCUCCCCGCGCCCAAGAACGAAUACUCCAUCGUCGUCCCGGACUUGCCCGAGGACGAGCGCGCGGAGGGCGCGCGGGGCGCAGGCGAAGACGGGGAGGAUCAGGAUAUGGAACUGGAUAUGUCGGAGGUACAAGAGCGGCAGGAAGCCGCCAGGCGCGCGGAGGAGGAGGCGCGGCUGCGCAAGCGGUCGCAGGUGCUGCAGCGGGAGCUUCCGCGGCCGUCGGUCGCGGCUGUGAAGCGGGUGGUUGAUGCGGCGGGGAAGGGGCGCGGAGGGGGAGGCGUGGGCGCGGGCGUGACGCUGAUGGAGCGCGCGGAGGAGAUGGUGCGCGCGGAGCUGGCGCUGCUGCUGCAGCACGACGCGGUGGCGUAUCCGUUGCCGCCCGGGGCGGAGGGCACGGGAGGGGGCAAGGAGGGGAAGCGGAAGAAGGGCGGGAGGGGCGAGGACGGGAGUACAGCGGGGUUGGAAGCGGUGGAAUUGGAGGACGUUGAGGAGGAUCUCAUGCAACAGGUGGGUCGCUCACUUGGGCUCGGCGCGCUGGGCAUUUGUCAGGCGAGAAGUUCUUUUGAAAUUAGAGGACUUGGGGAGGGUCUCAUGCAACAGGCGCGGGCGCUUCUGAGCGAGGAGGCGGGGUACGUGCGGAUGGCGCUGGGGCAGGAGGACACGGGCGCGGACGAGUGGGGGGAGGCGUGGGAGGCGUGCGCGGACGACCUCGUCUACCUGCCCGCGCAGGCUGCCUGGGGGCUGGCGUCGCUGGCGGCGAGCGCGGAUGUGGUGGCGGCGCUGCGCCCUGUGGCGGAGAGAGUGGGCAAGGCAGCGGAGAGCGAGGGGAAGAGGUGCAGCAAGCUGGAGCACAAGACCAAGGUCAUGUCUCAUGGAUACCAGAACCGUGCGGAGGCGCUGUGGAAGCAGGUGGAGGCAGCACACAGAGAGGCGGGUACUCUAGCAACGGAGCUGCAGUGCUUCCGUGCCCUGCACGCGCAGGAGGUGCUAGCGGCGCCCCGACGCAUAGAGACUCUGCAGGGUGAUGUGGCAGGCGUGACGGAGCGGGAAAGAGCGCUGCAGUUGCGGUAUGAGAACCUGCUGGUGGAGAGACAGCACUGGCGCAAGGUGGUGGCGGAGGGGGAGCGGCGCAAGGCGGAGGCGGAAGCUGCUGCUGCUGCUGCUGCUGCGGCAGAGGCUGAAGCGAAGGCUAAGGUUAAGGCAGAAGCUGCUGCGAAAGAAGCAGCUGCUGCUGCAGCAGCAGAGAGAGAGAAGGAGAGGAAGUUGGAAGAGGAGAAGGAGAAGGAGAAGGAGAAGGAGAAGGAGAAGGAGAAGGAGAAGGAGAAGGAGAAGGAGAAGGAGAAGGAGAAGGAGAAGGAAGGGGAGAAGGAGAAGGAAGGGGAGAAGGAGAAGGAAGAGGAGAAGGAGAAGGAAGGGGAGAAGGAGAAGGGGGAGGAUGCAAUGGAUGGGGUGGAGGGAGAGAAGGAGAAGGAGAAGGAUGGUUCAUGUGAUGGUGAUGGUAAGGGAAUGGAGGAAAUGGCUUCUGAGGCAAGAGAGGGUGCAGGUGAGGAGGAUGGGAGACCUGGGGAAGGCGAGGAGCAGGGGCAAGGGGCGAACGCAGAGGGAAGCAGAGCAACAGAAGCAGAGGCGGAAGCAAAGGAGGAGGAGAGGAAGGCAAAGGAGAAAGAGGGGAAGGUGAAGCAGGAGGAGAGUGAGGCAAUGGAAGUGGAGGGAAAGGUCAAGGAGGAGGGGGAAGGUGCUGCAUGA